UUCCAUGUUUGUCAGAAUCUUCUUCUUCAAUUUCAUGUUGUGCAGUGCAGCAUAAAACGAUAAAUACACGCGUUUUUGUGCCUCAUUUUCUCACAUGAAAUUGACCUCAAAUUAAAACGUGAUUGCUGCAAUAAAGCAGCUGUAAUCACCAAGGAGGGGAUAGUGAGUCAGAUAAGUACCCUAAACGAACUGCCGGUCAGUUCGGCGGGGAGAAAAUAUUGCUGGAAAGUUCUUACCUGGAGGAUGCAGAAGAACCACCUGAAUAAUUCAUCCCCCGAGAGGGAAAUCACAACCUGGACACCUGAAAACUACCUCAGAUUGACUCAUUUACGCGAUGAAAACUAUGCCAUAGUUAUUCUCAAUCGCCCAAUUAAUUUAGAAGAAAAAUUCGUCGUGGAACUUUGGAAUUCAGCCCAAAUUCGACACACAGUUGACGGUGGAACAGACAGAUGGAUGGAGUUCGCUAGAAAAUGUACGUGUGAAAGAGAAAUCCGCAAUCCGGACUUAAUUACUGGAGACUUUGAUUCAAUACAUCCCGAAACGCUGCAGCAUAUGGAGAGUUUGAGAUGUGAGAUCAUCCGGACACCAGAUCAGAAUGAGACAGACUUCACGAAAGCCUUGAGGCAUCUGGUACCACGCUUAGCUGCUCAUGGGGUACAAAAUGUAAUUGCUCUGGCGGAUACAUCGGGGAGAGUAGAUCAGAUCAUGGCAAACAUCAAUACCCUCUUCAAGGCGCAUUCCUUCGCACCCGGAAUACGGAUUUUCAUUUUAUCCCGUGAUUCACUAAGCUGGCUCUUAGCACCUGGGCAUCAUCACAUCAUUGACAUCCCACAGCGUUUCCUGCGACAGAAGCACUGGUGCGCCAUAAUCCCUAUUGGGCAUAAAUGCGUCGUGACGACGAAGGGAUUAAAAUGGGACAUGACAGAUCAGACCAUCCAAUUUGGGGGCCUUGUGAGCAGUUCCAAUACCUACAGCGGAACAGACACCGUUCACAUCACCUCAAGUGACCACGUUCUGUGGUGUAUGGGCAUAAAAGUAGAGUAGCCAGGUGAAAGUUCCUCUCUCACAUCUCACACAGUGCGAAAUCCUCACUGCCCCACUUACUUACUUCCCGCCCAUUGAACCCAGAUUGCUUGACAUGAGAGCACAUUAUUGCAAUACAAUACUGUUCCAUAGAAGCUGGCACUUUGUACAUAAGCUUUGUUAUUCUUGUUGGAAAUAAAUUUUACGUAGGGAUUAA